ACUAUUUUCAUGUUGUUGCCAGGAAGCUGUACGAAUGUGUCUGAAACGAUAAUGGGGUGUGUGUGUGUGUGUAGGGAUAGACUAGAAGACCUCCGAGGUCCCUUCCAACUCUUGCUGUUCUAUUCCACUCCCUUCUGGCGACUCCGGGGGCUGCGGGCUGUUUCCAGGCAAGGGAGGCAGCGCCGACGACCCGCCUGCAGGGAGUGGCGUGUGCGCGGCUCGUGGUGACGGGGGCGGCGGGGACGGCUUUUGGGCGCAGGUGCAGGGGGGCAAAAAGCCCCGGGCGAGGAUGCAACGCUUGGCGCGCCUGGUGCGCCGCUCGCCCUGGGUCUGCAACGCGCUGCUCUACGGCAGCCUCUUCGCGGCGGGCGACGCCGUCCAGCAGCAGCUCCGCCGCCGGCCGGGCCAGCGCGCCGACUGGGCUCAGACGGGGCGGGUGGCGCUGGUGGCGCUGACCUUCCACGCCAACUUCAAUUACCUCUGGCUGCGGGGGCUGGAGCGGCUCCUGCCCGGACGCGCCCCGGCGGCCGUGCUGGCCAAGGUGGGCUGCGACCAGCUGGUGGGCGCCCCCGUAGCCAUCCUGGCUUUCUACUCCGGCAUGAGAAUGCUUCAAGGAAAAGAGGAUAUUUUUGCUGACUGCCGGCAGAAAUUCUGGAACACCUAUAAGACAGGGUUGAUGUACUGGCCUUUUGUACAGCUUUCCAACUUCAGCUUGGUUCCGGUGUACCUGAGAACAGCGUUUACUGGUGUCUGUGGCUUCCUCUGGGCCAUUUUCCUUUGCUUUUCACAACAAAGUGGUGACGGAACAGCGACGUCCGUUUUCCAGCUGUUCCACGCGGAGAAGAUGGAGGCAGGCAAGCCCUCGUCGGGGAAAUAAACCGUCAACGGAACCAAGACGAUCAAGACUUA